AUGCGCGAUAGCCUGACAGGUGAUGCAGAGUGUUUCUUAGCACAGGGACUGGAAUGGUUCCUGCUGGGGCAUCUGAAGUGUUUCUGUGGAGCGUUCCUGGUGAAGAAGUUGAACCUGUCCAACUGCGUGGCCGUACACAGCCUGGCUCACAUGUACUCCAUGGACAAGCGGGUUCAGGAAGCCGCUGAGAUGAUCAGAAGAGUUAUUUGCGACAAUGAAUUCUACACCCUACCAUUUCACCUGGUGCGAGACUGGCUGUCUGUUAGAAUCACUGUGGACUCUGAGCAGGAGUUAUUUAAAGCCAUUGUUAAAUGGGUGUACGGAGACGCAGGAGAGCGAGAGAAACAUUUUGAGGAGCUGUUUAAGCUCUUGAAGCUGUCACAGAUUGCUCCAACCUAUCUGGCGAGUGUAGCGAGAAAGGAGCCCUUAGUGGCAAAAAGCGCCGCAUGUCAGCAGUUGGUGUCCAAUGCUCUGGAGUUUCAUGCUGUUCACUUUGAGAGCAUCAAGUCAGCCGGUCCUGGCCUCGGUGCCUCCUACGUGGCAUCAUUGCAGCCAUGUCUUGGCUAGAACAUGGAUGUAAUCAUGGUUGUAGGUGGUGGUUCAGAAGGUGAAGAAUAUCUUGAGUGUGUGGGCUACAUUGUUGCAGAGGAUCGUUGGGUGAACCUGCCUCACAUUCACAACUACCUUGAUGGACAUGCUAUGGCAGUCACCGGGGGCCAUGUUGUGGCAGGAUCCAUGGAGCCUGGCUCGGCCAGGACGGUGGAACGCUACAACCCCAGCCUCAACAACUGGGAGGAGGUCAGCAGCCUGCACUCCUUCGGCCUCACAUGUGUCAGAGAUGUGCUCUAUAGCAUAGGAGGUCAUGAUGAUUUCAGUACAGGGUUCAAGGACGUCACUGCCUAUAAACCUGAGCUGGAUGCGUGGAUUACUCUGGAACCGGCACCGACGAUCCUAGGAGAUGUAAAAACAGUGAGUGUAGAGGAUAGAUUUUCAAAUGACUGUUGCAUUCACAACAUUCUAUCACACUGUUGUCCCAGGUACAAAGAAACAGUUGAGCUCACUCAGCAGAAAAUAAGCCAAAACAUUUCUGAUGACAGCCUCCCAAAGGAGGUACUUAACAUGGAAGGAGCUGCUAUCUGCUUCUUUGGAGAAGAUAUCUUCAUCAUUGGUGGAUGGAAGGACAGCAACAACUUGGAUGAACAGUAUUGCAAAGAGGUGUACUGUUUCUCUGCAGAGAAGAAGCGCUGGACUCAGCCUGUACCAGAGACUUUGGCCGAUCGCAUGCAGCAGAUGCAGCAGCUCCAUCAACGUCUAUCCCUGCGGAGGCAGGUGCAUUCUCAGAUUGAAUGUUGA